CCGUCAUUUCCACUCAAUAUUUGCUACUCAUCCUAACCGUCGAGCUGCGUCACAGAUUUAUCCAUGUCUAUCAGCAUACAGGACACGAUAAAGGCAAUCCGGGACAUGAUCCCCAUCAUAGAUCCUGAGGAGGACUACCUCACCAUUGCAGCCGCCGAAGAGCAGAUGUCCAUUACGGAGGAAGGGCGCAGAAAGGAGAUUGAAGAGGCACAGUCUCGCGUACGCUCGCUUGCUCGGGUCCUCGACGCAGCGCGUGUGUCAUCUACAAGACCGUCCACUCUCCCCUCUGCAGAGCAGCAUGGCGCCAUGAUGAAUGAACUAGACGAGACGCGACUAUCGUUGAUAAAGGCUAUCAAUGACGCGGAAGGAGCUCUCGCGGGCAAGGAGGCUGAACUAGCACGCGUCGGAGACGAGUUGCGCAACCUGAAGGAGUCAGAUCCGUCUGCAGAGCAUAUGUUGGAUGCAACUGCUCUCCGUCUAGCCAUGUACAAGGGCCUUGGCUUCGAGCCUAUCAUGGGACAAGAUGGGCGCAUCGCGAAGAUGCUCAUUCGUUCAAUAACAGGCGACGUACACUGCGUCAAUUUCGACAGUACGAAGUCUAACAAGGAGUAUGCCGACCUACUUUGGAAACUCGCUUCAUCAUAGCAGUUGUCGGAUUGAUUGUGGUAUUUUGCCCCUA